CCCUCAGUCAUGUAGGAGCUGCGAGUUUGAUAGCACGCACUUUUUCGCGCUCCACAUCUGAAACUCAAGGUGCUACCUACUUAGUCACUAACUUUACGUAUACUUCAGUUAAGUGUAGAUUUCAUUUUGAAGUCUUUAUUACUGCAGUGAAUUGAAAAAAACUGUUACAAUCUGGAUAUAAUUCGUGGACCACAGGAUUUUUAUUUUGUCGUUAUAACGGAGACGCUCCUGUGGCUGUGUUCAAAAAGUGUUGAAUAUUUUUUCGAGUGUUGAUACAACGUCGCUACAACGAACCCUCCUGAAACAACGGAGACAACGCGAAUUCGGAUCGUUUGGAAUAUCCAGCCCCAAACCACGCCAUUGGAAUACCCAGAACUCUUUCCCCGAGCACAGUGACCUGCCGAGCCACUCUUCCUCACUGCCAAAUUAUCACCCGCACCACACUUGCUUGACCUUAGGUGACCGCGGAUCGUAUUUACGGGUCAGUGCCACGGAGACUAGUGCACGACCAAGUCUUGCAGAACCUGACUCGGAAGCCCCGGGCGUUCAGGAUCCCGCGUGGCCCUGCUGACCAGUGGUGCCUCAGGUCACACAUGGUGACAGCUCUUCCGGUGUGACUUAUAAGACCAGAGGAGCUCGUGGAUCGUGAGAAUAGUGGAGUGGAUAAGGUUGUACAAGUGUAGUGGCAUGUGGACGUAGACGUGACGCGCCCCUUGCUUCCACCGCGCGCCUGCGACACCAUGGCAGGAGUGACCACUAUGUACGCGCCAUCCUACACAGAUUCCAUCAAACUCUGGAACUUCGCAGGUGUCUUCAACUACCUCUCAGCUGAGAACAACGGAAGUGACACAGGUGUGAGCCCACAAACACCAACAGACGAAGCCGCUACGCCCACCAACGCCCCCAUCAGUCCGCCCACAUCCAGUCUCACGCCCAAUUCUGAAGCCGCCCUGGGUGAUGAUUCCGACUAUUUGACCGGCGCUAACGUGUCGUGUUCUGUGUGCCACAAGAAGUUCGCCAACAUUCACCGCCUCCAAAGACACAUGAUUUCGCACCAGGAGUCAGACGUUCUCCGGAGGUUCAAGUGCGAUGAGUGUGGGAAGGCCUUCAAGUUCAAGCACCACCUCAAGGAGCACAAGAGGAUUCACAGUGGAGAAAAGCCCUUCGAGUGCGAGCACUGCGGCAAGCGCUUCUCCCACUCAGGAUCUUACUCCUCUCACAUGUCCUCUAAGAAAUGCCAGCUGGGACGCAGUAGGACCAACGGGGUCAUGCCACGUCCGCCCCCACAGUUCCCUGGAUCCAACAACAAGCGUCCAGCCCUCAACGGUUCCUACUUGCCCAUCCUGCCGAAGGACAAGUCCCCGACUCCUUCUGCUGACCUUGGGUACUCGUCUCCCACACGACCAAUCUCCAGGGACUCACUUCUCAUGUCCCCUCCGUCGUUGGUGUCCCCUGGGAGCCUCAGCAGCUCCAGUAUGACUCCGGUGCUUAACCAGGGCUUCCCCCAGUGCCUGUCUCAGGGGCUUCAGGGUAACCUCCACCAGGGACUCUCACCCUACCACCCGCUGAACCCCCUCAUCCUGGCGGCCCAGUUCCACCCUCAGUAUUCGUCCUUACUGUCCCUGACCAUGACACAGGCGCUCAACAAGGCCCAGCAGGACGGCGGCGUAGAGGAGAAGGACCACAGCGAGGACGCCCCUCAGGAGGACGUCGACGAUGAAGACCGAGAGCCCGGCGAGCUAGUCAUCAAGGAGGAAACGAAGGAGGAGGAGGAAGACAGGAGCCACCCGUCGAAGGAGCGCGGGGACGAGGAGCGCGAGGAGCCGGCUAACAACAACGAGAAGGAGGGCAUGUCCACCCUCAAGAAGAUGCUAGAGAGCGUAAAUACUUCAGUCACAAAGCAGCAGUUCGAAGAGAAGGUGUCGUCCGCCACCCCGGGGUCCCUCUUGAGCAACUCGCCCAUCACGGACGACCUGUCGUGCGAGCUCUGCGGCAUCGCCUUCAAGAGCUGCAUCGACGCCUUGUACCACGCCCGCGGACAGUGCCCACGCUUGCCCGAGGUCAACGCCGCCACCGAGCACUACAAGGGGCGCAUUAUCGAAGGCUUAGCAGCACGCUUGUUAGCGGGGAAUCAGCAGCACCGACAUCUUCAGCAGAGCCAUUACCCGAUGCACCCCGCCCAGCCCCUGUACCAUCACAGCCGUGUCGGCCAUGGCAGGGAGGAGGAGGCGGAGGGCGACUCCAGCCACGUUGUCGAUGACGAAGAGACGACCAGCGACGGCAAGAAGGUCCGCGUCCGCUCUCACAUUCGCGAGGAGCAGCUGGUCGUCCUGCGCGCCCAUUAUGCAGUCAACCCCCGCCCCAAGAAGGAAGAGCUGAUCACAAUCGCAGAGAAGAUCAACUUCCCCGUGCGCGUCGUACAGGUGUGGUUCCAGAACGCCCGCGCCCGCGACAGGCGUGAAGGCCGCUCCAUCACCCCAACGCCCACCUCCUAUUCGCAGCCCAGUUACACCACCAGUUACUCGACGCCAAGUUACACCACAUCAAGCUACACCUCCACGAGUUACGCCCCCACGAGUUACGUCGCCCCUACCUCCCAGGCCAGCAGCAAACCCAUCAGCAUCAGCCCCUACUACCCGUCCUUGCUGGCACCGCUGUACCCGCUGAACGGCCGCGCCUCGCCCACCCCCGGGGAUGGCGCCGACGACCUCGACGACGACCAGCCGCUCGACCUCUCCACCAAGAAGUCGUCCCCCUCGGCGUCGCCCAAGCCAGCCUCCGUCUUCUCGGACUCCGAUGCAGACUCGACGUCUCUGGCCAUCUCGUACAAGUCGGAGUCCCGCACGCCCACGCCCAAUUCCCUCAACAAUAAUAUCGCCGAUUCGAAGGAGUCGAGCAGCCUCAACGUGGCGGGAUAUCCCUCCCUCAUCUCGGAGCAGCACAGCAAGCUGGCCCAGAUCCUCCAGGGGGCGAAACUCGGCUUGCCGGCGCUGUACCCUGACCACAUGGAGAACAGCGAGAAGCGACCAAGGGAAGAUGAUGACUGUGACGACGAAGCCCGCAAGCGGCGACGCGACGAGGAAGGUGGAGUGUUCCAGUGCGACCAGUGUGACAAGUCCUUCAACAAGCAGUCGUCCCUCGCCCGGCACAAGUAUGAACACUCAGGUAAACGCCCCUUCAAGUGUGACUUGUGCCCCAAAGCGUUCAAGCACAAGCAUCAUCUCACCGAACACAGCCGGCUACACACCGGCGAAAAACCUUUCCAGUGCGACAAGUGUCUGAAGCGGUUCUCCCACUCAGGUUCCUACUCCCAACACAGGAAUCACCGGUACUCGUACUGCAAACCGUACCGCCCCGACGGCGCCGCCCCGCACUCCGAGUCGUCCACCCCGGUCCCCUCGCCGUCCGACAGUGGCGCCGGGGCCGUCGCUGCCUCGGAGGGCGUGUCGGUCAUCGUCACAGCCUCCGCCGACUCCCUCCCCGCAGUCCGGGUCGCGACGCCCCUCAGCUCGCCCGCGGACGAGGCCUCGGUGGGGAGUCCCCCGGCCUCGCCCCCUGAGGCACUCGAGGCCUCCGCCCCCUCGGUGAAAGAGGAGGUCGUGGCGUAGAUCGCGGUGAAACUUUUAGCUAAGAAAGCAAUUCAAAUCAAGUGUCAAGUGAACCAAUGUGAUGCAAACAGUGUGCGACAACGAACAGAGUUUAUGAAAGUUUCCUCUAACACUGUAAAUCAAAAGGUGACAUGCAACGAGAUGUCAGUGUCUAUGAUCAAAAUGAGUGCUGAAAAAAGUCUUUGAUGUUUUUGAUGCUUGACAUAUUGCAAAGAGGAUUUGCAUGUUUGGUGUGCAAUAUGUCAAGUAAUGUGCUCCUUACAUUGCUAGAGUUACAUGGACCUACUAUGCAGUGUUUCUUUGUUAUUUAAAAAAGGUUAUAAUUAUAUUUACUUUUGUAUAGGAUUAAUGUAAAUUCGCAUGUGCCAAUCACUUUUAUCUUCACUUACGAAAACUCUCACAGGGGUCCUUAUAGCUAGGGUCCUUUAUAUUUAGGAUCCCUCUGAAAUGUGGGUAUGGGACAGCUAAAUCUCUCAUGUCUCUCUUUCUCUCUUUCGUAUAGUUCCGUAGUCGUGUUAUGAUAGUAGGUGUUGAUUCAAGGCGGGUAAGGCCCUUCCACCUUAAGCCAGUACCUGUCAAAAUACUCAAGUAAAGAGAAUACUGAAUUAUGCGAUGUUUCAGUGCCACAUGGAGAAGCAGUGUUGCCAGAUUAUAUAUAUAUAUAUAUAUGUAUGUAAAGCUUCAUGUGCAUUUUUUUAUUGUUUCGAAAAUAUUAUGAAGGAAUUAUCGUUAUAUUAUUUGAAUGACGUUUAUUGGCAGUUCGCCAAAGAAAACAAAAAUAACGGAGGUUUCCUGUAAUGAAUUAAGUCCAGUUACACUCGGAAUGGGGGUACAACUGUAAGAGCACCAUUGGCAACACUGCGGUGUAGAAUACGAGCAGGUUCUCCAAUGAUAAAUCCACUGUCUUCCAUAAAUGUACUAGGAACCAUACACUCUUGCCCAGGUCGCUAGUGCUAGUGGAUUCCCCGUGCCUCGUGCCGUCAACUUCCCACGUGAACCAGACCAGCUAGUGCGACCCCCCAGUGCUGUCUUGGCCUGACGCAGAGCCCCUGUUUCUCGCUGUGUCACUUCAAGAUGUACACACACACGACAGGUUCGCAGUGGCUGGUCUCGUCACCUCACUAGUCCAAAGUAAUCUCAACAUGUGCAAUCUCUCUAUUUUCUAGAUUUCCAAGGCAUGCCAUGUAGUCCUCUGAUUUUCUUCGACAUUUCUCGAGAAUUCUUUUGUGCCAUCUUCCUUCGGAUGUUCAUGUACUGGCAGCAUGAUGCCGUGCCAUGGCUGCCUACUACAUCGAUAGUCAUAUUGCUAGUCUAAGUAGGUUUCUGUUGUCCCAUACUUGGCACUCAUUGUCACCUCCGUCUAUGUGAGCUUCUAAGAGCUAAUUUCUUCCUCGUACUUUCUUCAAAUGCCAAACGAAAUGCCAGUUUAACUUGGUUGUAAGCAACGAUUGUGCCAAAAUGACUACUGGAGAUUUCUAAUAGGAUCUUGUUAGAGAUGUGGAUAACAUUUAGAAUUUUAUUUUUAUCAAGUAUACAUAUGCAAAUUUAUUUUGUAUAGAGACCGUACUUCACCACAAUAGUGUACCAGAGUGCUUCCAUAUCACCCUACGCCAGGUCCAUGGCUACUUCCUUGAGCCGGGCCCGUGGCAACAACCUUGAUUUGGCCCGUGGCUUUUCCCCUGAGGAAGCCGAUGGUAUUUCCCAGAGCCAGGCCUAAGGCUGCUUCCUUGAGCCGGGUCCGAGGCCGCUUUCCCGAGCCGGGCUUAAGGCUAUACACAGAGUAACGUCCAUGAUAGGUGACUAACUGGCAGCGUCGACCAAAGGCUCCCAGUCAAAGUCUUUCACCUCUUUAAUUCCUCCUUAGAUUCCGGCAAGGGCGCUGUGGGAGGGCCCCACACAGGAGACCUCAGACUGCCGUCUUUCACAUAGAGUUAGGGGCCCUCUCGUGGUGCCCGGACCAUCUAAAGAUCAUCCCUCUGUCAUGUGACCUUUUACUGGCCAAUAGCAUUCCUCUUUGUCGCCCGAUCCCGUUCUCUCUCGUCUCCCGAUUGGUGGCUUCACUUUGGUCUCUGUACUCUUCGGGAAUUCUGGAAUAUGAUUGGCUAAGUGAGCACCACUAGCAAGGAGGUUUGAAUUCGGUACAUUCCCCUUUGCUUUUUUCUUUUUAUAUCCAUAACCUUUAUUAGGAAAUAAGUACUCUUUAAUUGGAAAAUGGCGCUGUGACUACAACGGAUAAUUAGACGACAGGGCCAACAUGUUUGAACGGUGUCGUGCCUUUCAUCUCUCUGUGGAAUCUCGCUGUGUAUAUGAGUAUAUAUAUACCAGGCGCAAAGGAUGCGUUAAAAAAGUUCUAUAGAUGGUUAAACGGAAGAUGUUUGCAUUCUCAAUAAGCAUUCCAACGUAGCUGGUAGAAGUGACUUUAAAUGUGUGAUAUCUUGAGAACGACCCCAUGACUGUGCGGAGAAAUUUAUUUUUUGUCCCAUUUGCUCUCUUCAAACAUUUCCCUCCAAAAUAUGGUAUUCCAAUUUAUUAUUCCGUAGUAGCCUAAUCUAGACCUAGAUUUUUCCUAUUAAUGUCCGAUCUUUGACUUUACUAUGGUGUACGGGCUUGUGCAGUUUUCCCGAUCUCACUCUACUGCUCAUGUGUCCGUGCUUGAACAUGGAAUGGAAAAAAAAGUUUAAUGUUGAAAAAUACGAAAACCGUGCACAAGCCUUGCGCUGUACUUUGGUGCCAGAUUUUGCGAUUCUGUCCCGGCAAACUCCGUCUAGUGAAUGAUUUCUAAAAGGAUUACUAUCUGUAUUUUGAACAAAUGUAUAUUAUUACCAAUCUGUAUAUAAUGUAAACAAAUUAUAAAUGAAGUAUAAAUAUAUAUUGUAAAGAUUAGGCAUCUGUGUGAGUCAACUAAAUGUACAUGGAUCAACUACGUGAAAACAAGUGAGGAUCGACGAGUCCCCUUGAACCGCCGAUGGACAGAAUCACCAUCUGGAUUCCUUGCCUUCCAAACCCCUUUUUCUCAGUGUUUCCUACGUCACUUUCCAUAUUGUGUGUUCGUGUGUGUGUUUAUCCAGUUCCUCCACUUUGAACUUGGAACAAUAUGGACAACCUUAUCUAGUUCAUCAUCCCUUGUCUUUAUAAGUGAUAACACAUUUUGAAUAUUCAACAGGAUAAUUUCAAGUACAAAGUACGUAGAGACCCCCUCCCCCAACUAGCCUGAAUGAGUUUGGAAAAAAAAAAUACAUACAAAACACAACGGUUUUCUAUGUCACUUAUUUCGGUGAAGACUAAACGUUCCUACUGUAUAUGUUUUUGGUCUAUUCCAAUUACUACAAUGUGCUUCCGUCAUACUAUAUAAAAAAAAAACAAGAAUCAAAUUUAUUACCUUGUUGGCCCCCAGACAGGCAAGCCCAUAUUUACAGUCGUGCAAUAGACACCAACACCACUGUUCCCUUUCUCCCUUCUCUCGUCAUAUUCCAAAUUAGAUUAUAAUGGUGAUUUGUAUCUUAUUGUAGUUAGAAAUAAGCCUAAGGUUUAUAUGAUUACCUUAUUGUAUAUUUUCUUGUACUGAUAAAAUAAUAAAGCUAACUAUUGAA